UGAUUAAAGAUUCUAUCGUAAUUAAAGAUGGUAUAAUUUCGGGUUGUCUUAUUAACUCUGAAAAUAAUUUAGAAUUUAUUUUCGAAUUACAUAUACUGGAAAUUGGUGCUGUAAGAAUUAGAAUUAAUGAAAAAAAUCCUUUAAAACCUCGUUAUGAUAAAGUAAAAGAUUGGGCUCUUGUUAAAGAUUCAUCAAUUACUUUGGAAUAUAAUCAAAUCCAUUCUAAGCCAGAAGCAACAUCUUUUUCUUUUGGUAAAGAAAAAAAUCAUUCGAUUUUAAUUUAUCAUUCACCGUUUCGAGUAGAAAUUUUGAUUGAUAAUAUACCCACUAUCAUAUUGAAUGAUCGUGGCUUUUUCAAUUUCGAACAUUUAAGAGAAAAAGGGUUGAAUGAUCCAGAAUCUAUCGGACUUGAUAUCACAUUUCCAGGAUUCGGUCAUGUAUAUGGGGAUAAUGGUGCCUACUCUGAUCCUUAUCACUUAUAUAAUCUGGAUGUGUGUAAAUAUGAAAUAGAUAGCCCGAUGUCACUUUAUGGAUCUAUUCCAUUUAUGAUAGCACAUAGAAAAGGUGCAUCAGCGGCUGUUUUAUGGUUAAAUGCGUCAGAAACAUGGAUUGAUGUGAUUAAAAGUAAAGAGAACAAGACUUCUGAAAUUUUCUGUCAAUAUGGUUUGCUUACUGGAUUCAUGGCACUACCUCAAUAUUUUCCGAUUGGCUAUCAUCAAUGUCGUUGGAAUUAUCUCGAUCAGAAAGAUGUUUCUGAAGUUGACGAAGGAUUUGACAGACAUGAUAUUCCCUAUGAUUUUCCAGACCCUGAAAAAAUGCAAAAAGAUCUUAUGAUAAAAGGGCGAAAG